AUGCCAAUCAACGAGAUUGUCAUUGUAGGUGCCGGUCCAGCAGGCCUGACAUUGGCGCUCUUACUCGCGAAACAGGGAAUACAUGUCGUGGUCUUGGAAGCAAAUGACAGUCUUGAUGAUCAGCCUCGGGCAACCCACUACUCACCACCUGCCUUGCAUGAGUUACAGCGCGCUGGGGUUCUCGAAGAUGUGAGAAAGCAUCCCAACGCAUUCAUCCCUAAUGGUCUCACAUGGCGAAGACUGGAUGGAUCACCUCUGGCCACCCUGAAUAUGCCGAGCAUCCCAGCCGAGUACCAGCAAGUUUGUCUCCCUUUGAAUCAGCUUACGCCUAUCAUCCUGCAACACCUGAUGGAACAGCCAACCGCAGAGGUGCGGUGGAAGCACAGAGUGAUGGGCGGUCGGUUGGGACAAGAUCACAAUAGCGCUUGGGUUACGGUGCAGUCUGCCUCAGGCGAGGAGAAGAUAAAAGCAGAUUACGUGGUUGGCUGCGACGGUGGAAACAGUGUCAUACGCAAGUCUUUGUUUGAGAAACGAUCUGACUUUGCCGGGCACACAUGGGACGCGCAGAUCAUCGCGUCCACAGUGUACUACGAAGACUACUAUAAACACGCCCCAGACUGGACCGAUAGCAAUUUCCUCUGCGAUGUGGAGAAUUGGGCUAUGGUGGCCAAGAUCCAAGCUGAUGGCCUGUUGAAAAUCACUUACGGCGAAGUCCCAGGCCUGACAGAUGAUGAGUACCUUGAGCGUCUCUCGUCGAAAUAUCAAACCAUUCUUCCGGGUCAUCCAACUCCGGAAAAAUUCAAUCUUGUCCAAGUAAGCCCAUACAAGGUCCACCAGCGCUGCGCACCUCGUCUUCGAAUUGGUAGAUUCUUGCUCGCGGCCGACGCCGCUCAUCUUUGCAAUCCGUUUGGCGGCCUGGGUCUCACUGGAGGUCUGGUUGAUGUCGGCAAUCUGUUCGACUGCUUGAAUGGUAUCCAUAAAGGACUCGCGGACGAAGCCAUCCUCGAUCGGUACGACGAGGUUCGGAGGCAAAAGUGGCGCGACAUCAUAAAUCCUGUCUCGAGCGGCAAUAUUACGACAAUCUGGACGGACCCUGCUCAGCUGCAGGAUAGUUCGCUCAUCCGUAACUUCAAAGAAGCAGAGGGCAACUCUGCCAAGCUUGUUGAAUUACUCAAGGGAGGGACCGCAAUCAUGCAUGAUUUCACCAAAGAAUAUCACAGUGCAGGAGGUAUUGGUGUCGAGGGCAUAACCUAG